GUCAUCUACCUUACUAAAGGUGGUAUGCAAAUAGGCCACUCCAUGAUCAUCUACUGGUACACUGAAGAAGGGGCUCUCCCGACUCAAGUUCCUCAUGGAAAUAGCAUUACCUCGGAGGCGUUGUACACCCGGAUGGAGGAGAUUGACUACAUUCCUGAUUGGAUACAUGCAGACAUUGUAAACGCUAAGAAGCAGGGAGAAUUGGCUUCGCAGUCGGGCGAGAGUAGCUUGGUGGAUGGUGGAGCGAUAGAUGUGUCGCACACCGAGGAAGUGGCACAAGGGGUAUCGCCUAGAAAAAGCAUGCGGCAGUUCCCUCCAGUACCAGGAGGUCACCAACUACGUGAGGAUGCCGUAUGGAAGUGUGCAAAAGAAGCGUUUGAUGCGAGUGACAACGACGCAGUUUUUGAUGCCAUUUGGAGAAUGCUUUUGGAUAAAAAUGAGGCUCGGUUGCUGCAAAAUAUUAAAUCGGUAAGUAUUUUUGAACAUCGCUGUGAGUUUGAGAAUGACGAUAACUCGGAAAUCUAA